GUUGAAAAGAAGUGAUUUACAUGUCAAUGUGUGUGUUGGUCUGUUGGUGAAUGGCAAGGCCUCAGGGGGGGAGGAUAGGUGUGUCUGCUUAAUGAGUGCUCCCUUGUCUGCCAGCCACAGAUGCCGGCAAAACGCCAAGCACAGCCCCAAAGCCCACAGAACGCUAAAGAAGAGGCUGGAGCAGCGGCUGAAGCCGUUCUUGGCUCCUGCCGGCUCAUAGAGGGAAGGCCCCUCCUCUCCGGGUGGCCAGAGGCGCUUCUCUUCCAGGAUGUAUCCUGCCUUUCCGCCUUCUGUCCAGGAGGAAUUCCAAAAUGCCCUCCAUUUGGAGCAUGGCUAAGAAGCAUGGAUUUAUAGUUACAGGACUGUUUUUAGCUAUAGUUUGGUCGUGGCCGACAUUUUCUUGGAUGUCCUUCAUCCACUUUGGCAAGCCUUUGGCAUGGGUGCUAGAGGUAGCGCACAAGGCCCUUUCUGAGGGCAGGGGGAGGAGGAGGCCUUCCUACCCCCUGGAUGUCCCGUCCCCCCGGAAGCAUCCCCCAUCCUUUGUACUGGGUGGCACCCGGUGCGGGAACACCUGAGUUUGGGCACUGGGCCUUUAAAAGGUUUGCCAUCACUGUCCUACAUUUUGCAGUGCCUUGUCCUCCUUUGCAUUGGGCCACCCUGCGUGUUGGCAAUUUGAUCCUUCAAGUCUGACUUUGCUUACACUUAGGAAUUCGAACCACAUACACACACCCUUGAAGGUGGGUUUCAGCCACGUAAUGUCCAGUGUCAGUGUUGCCGGGGUUCAGCGCGUGAGGCCUUUUAAGCCACAUUCCUGUCAAAGUUCACUCUUUCUGAGUUGUCCUUAUAGCUAUGCUUUUAAAAGUAAUUUCAUUUUCAGUGGUAUGCUUGUGAUGUUUUGUCAUGGUUUUGUACUUGUGCUGAUGUGUUUUUCCCCCUCCUGAUUGUAGUAGGAGAAAACCGGACUAUGAAUAGUAAGCUGUGCUUACAUCUGCGAGUGGCUGCUCAUCAUGUCUGAGAACGAUCCCCCCACAGAAGCUGGUGUCCCUCUUUCGCACCUUGGGCUCCAGUCUGGCUGCAGGAUGGUGCUUAAUACCUUCCAGGAAUCAGAGACUGCUCGGCCUUUUACCCCACAACUGCCUCUUACCCCAGUCUUGAACAUAACUUCAGGUUUUGCGAACCUCAGCACAUUGGCAGGGGAUACUCCAAGACGGUGCCUAGACCUGUCCAAUCUCAGUAAUGAGGAAGAGGAAAUUGUCUUCAACUUCAGCGAGUCCUCAAGAACAUUGGAAACUGAUCAGAAGGGCUCAGUAGAACUUCAGGAUCAAUUCAGAGGCUCAAGAAGGCAGUGUGUGCCGCUGCUCCAGUCCCAGGUAUUAUGCAGCACCCCAGGCACGCCACGUGGUAUUCACUGUGUGACCAGAGAGAUCAGUAGUCCUUCCGUAAAUAAGGAAAAUGAAGAUAGGCUGUUUAAACAUCCUGGAUGGCACAUGCCUAGGUCCCUGCUGUUCCGGAAAAGACUAACAGACUCACAGCUGGCCUGCAACAAUGCAAUGCUGGAAGCAGGGGAUCUAGAGAUGAGAGACUUUGGCAGUCCAAUUGCUACAGUGGCACCAUCAAGAGUUCCAGAGAGCCUGGAUAGCUUUCCAGAGAUCUUCCCCAAUGAUCAGGGAGAGGCAGAGAAGCCUCUCACUGGGCAUCUCUCCAGCAUGGCUUCCUUAUUAUCUGGACCCCUCCUUACCCAGGACAUCAAUAUUAGUGAGGUCUCAGUGAACAAGAGCCGCCUCUUCCGAUCGCCAUCACUGCCGGAAAAACUGAACAGACUCAUGCUGAAGAGGGCAAUAAAGGUCCAAGAUGAUCAAAUGGUUGCCAAGGUGAAAUGGAAGAGAAGCCCAAUCCAAGAAGAGACAGAUGGGAUCAUGUUUUUGAAGAAGACCGCCUCCCUUUCAGACAUUGAAAUUGUCAAAGCACUUGAUCAAGACUACAGCUUCAGGCAGCUGAUUGGUGAUUUCUCCAAUGUAUAUUCACUGCCAACAAUAUCAGGAAGGCAUCAGGACCUGAGAUACAUCACUUCUGAGACUAUGGCUGCUCUGAUUUAUGAUCAGUUCCAAAGCCUCAUAGAGAAGUUCUUCAUCAUUGAUUGUCGUUACCCCUAUGAGUACCAUGGGGGGCAUAUCAAGGGGGCUUUCAAUAUCCACAGGCAAGAUGACCUAUUUGAUUUUUUUCUGAAGAAACCUCUUCUCCCCUCAGUACCACAAAAGCGCCUCAUCCUUGUCUUCCACUGUGAAUAUUCUUCUGAGAGGGGACCCAAGAUGUGUCGCUAUUUGAGGGAGGAAGACCGAGCCAUGAAUGAAUAUCCAGCACUUCACUACCCUGAACUUUAUGUCCUUCAGGGUGGCUACAAGGACUUCUUCCUAGCACACAAGGAUCUGUGUGACCCCCAGAGCUACUGUCCCAUGCACCACCAGGACUUCAAAGCAGAGUUGCUCAAGUUUCGGGUCAAAAGCAAGACAUGGGCAGGAACAAGGAAGCGGAAGGAUUAUAUUGCUCAUCUCAUGAAGCUGUGAAGUCAAAGGUAGUAGAUUACCCUUUAAAGGACUCUUUCUAUGUAAAGGAAAAGACCAAAGUCUUUGUAAUAAACUGUGCUGCUCAGAAACUAGAAAAGUGAGUGUGGCAGGAGGAAUGGGCCCAGCAGUAGAGACAGGGAGAAGAGCUUGGGAACAUUAAAAAUCUCUUGCUGCCAUAGACUUUAUUUGGGCAAGAACUGGGUCCAAAUGCAAAGCUUUAUACUGAAAGGAACCAUUGAUCUCUGUGGAAAAAAGGCCUUCUUCACAGGGGUUGGCUAACACCUGUAUGGUCUCUUCAACCUCAGUUGUUGAUAGCAGCUAAACUAUUCUGUAAUCCAAAGUACUAAAGUAGAUGCUAAUGAGAAACUACAGAUUUUUAAUGUCACUUCAAGUUUUUCCAUUUAGUUGUCUGAUUCUAAUAGAAUAAUAAACUAUUCUGGAAUAGAA